AUGGUUGGGUUCAACUCAGUUCCUAAUUGGCUUCUCAUCCUCAAGGAAGAGAAGUUUUUCACUCGCUGUUUGAUUCAUGGUUCUGUAAAGAAGAAUGAGAAGAACAUAUUUUGUUUAGAUUGCUGCACCAGCAUUUGCCUCCAUUGCUUGCCAUUUCACCGCUCUCACGUCCUUCUGCAGAUACGCAGAUAUAUGUACAAUGAUGUAUUACGGCUUGGUGAUGCUCAAACAGUGUUGAAUUGUUCCCUUGUUCAACCAUACACGACAAAUAAAACCAAGGUUGUAUUUUUGAAACAAAGGCCACACACUCGUUCUCACAAAGGCUCUACCAACCUUUGCAUCACGUGUGACCGCAACCUACAAGAUCCAUACAUCUUCUGCUCUCUGUCUUGCAAGGUGCAUCAACAUCUUCUACUAAUUAGCAAAAGCACAACCAUAAUGGGCACUUGCAACAAGUAUGAAUUCUCUGUGCUACUAGACAAAGAACGAAGCAGCGAGAACACGCAACAGAUUGAAGAUAGCCAAAUCACAACAGAUUCAGUCCUAGACUCAUCCACUGUUUCUGGUUCAACAAGUAGUAAUAGUAGUAAUAGUGGGGGUGGUGUGGCAGAGAGCUUGAAUGAGUCACUCAAAAAGAAACGUAGCAGUGUCGACAUGGUACCAGAUAUUUGGUACACCAUGGUGAACCGGCGAAAAGGUGUUCCUCAUCGAUCUCCAUUGUACUAA